AUGGCUUCCACUAUCGUCCUCAUUACCGGUGCCAACCGUGGCAUUGGCAAAGGAAUCCUAGAACUAUACCUCCAAAAACCAAACCACACCGUUAUCGCUGCAAACCGGGACCCGAACCAUCCAACGUCCAAGUCGCUAGACGAUCUUCCCAAGGCAGAAGGAACCUCUUUGCACGUUGUGAAAAUCGAAGCAACCUCUCCCACAGACUCGGCCGAUGCUGUCAAGGAGUUGGUGGCUGUAAAGGGUAUCGACCAUAUCGACAUUCUGAUCGCGAAUGCGGGUAUGGCUCUCGGGUGGCCCACGGUCGAGGAAGUCCAGGUCGAUGAUAUCCAGAAACAUGUUGAUGUCAACAUCUACGGUUUCCUUCGUCUUUAUCAGGCGUUUCUUCCUUUACUUAAGAAGGCCAAGGAUCCUAAAUGGGUGACUAUCGGGUCAAGCGCGGCUUUUUUGACGCAUUGGUACACCAAAGCGAUCUCCGCAGAGGCCCCUUGGUUGACCGCGUUUCCAGUCGAUCCUGGCUGGGUUCAGACAGAACUCGGUAACAGAGGCGCCCAUGCAAUAGGAGUUGAAAAGGCAGAUAUCACGGUCGAAGAAUCAACGAAAGGCAUCGUCAAAGCCAUCGAUGCAUCCACCCGCGAGACGCACAGUGGGAAGUUGUUCAAGUACGAUGGGAGUGAGGUGCCGUGGUAG